AUGCAGAUCGCCUAUCACCCACUCAUCCAACAGGACCCAAAAAAGCGACCCAACGUGACUCGCAUCGGCAUCAACAUCUACCAACCCGCCUGGACCGGAGAACCCUGCAACUGGGGCAUCAUUAUCGGAAACGAUUCCAACGCGAUGCUCAUGCACCUUGCUGACCUCGACCACGACCCUUUUUACGCGUUACGCUGGGAGUCCAACAAGGUUCGCCAUUUCGUCGACUGCGGGGCUAUUCCGAACUUUCACUAUGAUCUGGCGUUGGAGUUGAUUGAUUUUUGCGCCAAGGGUGCUAUGAAUUGCCGGAACUCGCACUUUUGGGUAUUCAGCAGCCUCUGCCAGUUGUCUAGUCGAUGCAAUAUGGAGAUUAUCCCGCGAGUGAACGAGGUUCUUCGCCAUAAGCGGAAGGAACGACCUGUCGGCUUUAUGGACCAGCUUGGUUAUACGAAGCCAUGA